GUUCAGGUGCCUAAAAUGUACUUUUAAGGCGCUACUUACGGUUAUGUGACUGAAAUAUGGGUGAAAGGACGGACGACAGUGAUGUAGUGGUCACAAUAGGAGUUUGUGCAAUGGCAAAGAAAGCGAUGUCAAAACCAAUGAAGGAAAUUUUGAGAAGAAUGGACAAGUUCCAGCACAUUAAGAUAAUAAUAUUUGACGAGAAAAUGAUAUUAGAUUCACCAAUAGAAUCAUGGCCCAUCUGUGAUGCACUGGUCAGUUUUUAUUCUGAAGGAUUUCCUCUCAAAAAAGCUAUUGCUUAUUCGAAACUCCGGAAGCCUUACCUUGUCAAUGAUCUUGAGUCCCAAUACAUUUUAAUGGAUAGAAGAAGGGUUUAUGAGUGCUUGACGAGAGAAGGUGUUCCAGUUCCGAGAUACGCAUUUGUUGAUAGGACAUCAGAAAACCCAGUGAAAGUUGUUGAGCUUGACGAUUCAAUUGAGAUUAAUGGUGAGGUUUUUCACAAACCAUUCGUAGAAAAACCUUUGCAUGCUGAAGAUCAUAAUAUCUACAUCUACUUCCCUAGUAGUGCUGGAGGAGGCAGUCAGCGUCUCUUUCGAAAAGUUGGAAAUCGCAGCAGCAAGUACUUUCCACACAGUAAUAUUCGAACAAAUGGAUCUUAUAUGUAUGAGGAAUUUAUGCCAACGGAUGGUACAGAUGUAAAGGUUUACACGGUCGCAGAUGAUUAUGCUCAUGCAGAGGCUCGAAAAUCUCCUGCCUUAGAUGGGAAGGUAGAACGAGAUCACGAAGGUAAAGAAGUUCGCUAUCCUGUCAUACUAACACCUAGAGAGAAAAUCAUUGCCAAGAAAGUAGCGAAAGCUGUUCGGCAGCAAAUCUGUGGAUUCGAUCUUCUUCGGGCUAAUGGAAUGUCUUAUGUUUGUGACGUAAAUGGAUUUUCUUUUGUAAAGUCUUCCAAAAAGUACUAUGAUGACUGUAGUCACAUUCUUGGUGUGUUAAUUACUCGAAAAAUAGCACCACGAUUGUGUUUGCCGACAAACUUGCCUCCAGGUACGGAUGUAGAUACUCCGCUGGUACCAACAACUUGUGGAGCAAUUAUGGAACUUCGUUGUGUAAUCGCUGUCAUUCGUCAUGGUGACAGGACGCCAAAACAGAAAAUGAAAAUGGAAGUUUGCCACCAGAAAUUUUUCUCAUUUUUCACUAAGUACGCAGGUGGUUGGGCUCGUGAAUUAAAAAUCAAACGUCCUACCCAGUUGCAAGAAAUUUUAGAUAUUGUGCGGUCCAUUUUGGAAGAAAUUGAUUCUGGCCAGUGUACUGAUAAUUGUCUUCUUCGAAUAAAGCCAAAGUUUGAGCAACUAAAAUAUGUCUUAGAAAUGUAUGGGUCAUUUAGUGGAAUUAACCGUAAAAUUCAGUUAAAAUAUCAACCACACGGAAUUGGUAAAGAAUCAAAGAUUGGUUAUUCAAGUAGUAUUCCAAUAUCUUGUGACUGUACUGACGAAUGUGACAACACCCAACGUUGCCUAUUAGUUGUCGUGAAAUGGGGUGGAGAAUUAACAGCCGCAGGCAAGCAACAAGCAGAAACUCUAGGAAAAGCUUUUCGUUGUAUUUACCCAGGUGGAGAUGGCCAUUAUGGUAAAGAUCCUGGUCUUGGAUUAUUACGUUUACACAGUACUUAUCGUCAUGAUUUGAAGAUAUAUGCUUCUGAUGAGGGUCGGGUUCAAAUGACAGCUGCAGCUUUCGCUAAAGGUUUCUUGGCACUAGAAGGAGAAUUACCACCAAUCCUUGUUCAGAUGGUCAAGUCAGCUAAUACGAACGGUCUUUUAGAUAAUGAUAACGAUUGUCGUCACUACCAGCAGAUGGUUAAACGUCGAAUCAAUGAAGUUAUGUCCAAAAACAGCGAUUUCACCGCUGGAGAUAUUGCUACUCUUGUUCCUACCGGCGCACGUUCUAUAAUUAAUGCUAUGCAGUAUGUUAAAAGCCCGUAUAGAGCAUGUGGUCGCCUGUUUGAACAUGUUCGUCUGUUAUCUAAUCGUCUUGCUUGGCUCUCACGAAGUUCCAAAGAACGCAGUCGAAUACACUUGUAUCAAGGUGAAAGUUGGGACUUAUUGCUCAGACGUUGGGGAAAGCUAUUAAAAGAUUUUCGAUCUCCUGAAGGAGAAUAUGAUCUUUCUAAAAUUUCAGAUAUAUAUGACAACAUAAAAUAUGACUUGCAACAUAAUUCUGGCAUUUUACUGGAAUCUGAGGUGCAAGAUUUCUUCAUGUGUGCAAAGUCGCUAGCUGACAUUAUUGUCCCACAGGAAUAUGGUAUAACAAAAGAAGAAAAACUAGUGAUAGGUCAACGUAUUUGUACUCCACUUAUGCGAAAAAUUUUAUCAGAUGCUCGUUAUACAGAUGUAGAUGAGUGUACACGGCUGCAUGCUGGCCAUCGCCCAAAUCACGGUGAACCUUGUCCCGAUUGUUAUUCAAAAGGAGUUGCUUCACCUGAACGAUUUGUUCGUAGUCGCUUGUAUUUCACUAGUGAAAGUCAUAUUCAUUCAUUACUUACUUGUCUAAGAUAUGGUGAAUUAGCAGACAUUGUAACAGAUGAACAAUGGAGACGUGCUAUGGAGUAUGUGUCGUCUAUUUCUGAAAUUAAUUAUCUUGCUCAAAUUGUAAUUAUGAUUUAUGAAGAUCCUACUGUGGAACCGAAAACUGAAAAACGAUUCCAUGUUGAAUUACACUUUAGUCCUGGUGCUUUUGCAUUAUGUCAUGAUCUCCCUGAAGGGAGUGGUUUUCGAUCGGGAAAAUUGGUGGUAGGUUUUUAUUAUUUACUUCACAUAUGAUUUAUCGCUAGAUUUUGUGAAAGAAAAAAACGUUUUUCUUUGCAUUUUAUAACAGAUUUUCUUAAAUAAUGCACAAAAAAUAUUGCUAGCUACCUGUGCACAGAGUGUACGUCUUAUGAAAACCUUAUAAAGGAUCAAGUCUGGCAUAAGUUAUUGCUGAAAAUAUUCUCAGUUUAAGAUUACUAUGUGAAGACAUUUUAGUGACACUGAGGCUUUUUAGUUUAGGUAGCUGUUUCUUGUUCUCAAAUGAGUGACUGAUAUAAAAUAAUGUGUAGAUUUGAGGUCAUGUAUCUAAUUUCGAUAAAGUCAUCCCUUGGAAACUGUUGGCUGUUUGUAGUUGCCUAUUAUUUUAUACUAAGCAGUUGAGGGAUUUCAGUUUAGGAUCCUGCUUCGGUCUGGGUACCCGGGCAUUAUCACAGCUCACACACAAAUCAAGUGACUUGUGUGGCGCAUAUGUAUUCGGUUCACCUUUUUAGCAAUAUUUAUGUGUUCAAAUAAUAAUGUAUAACAAAUAAUUCAGUUUGGAAUAACCAUAUGAUAUCCCAGUAUCUGAAUAUCUUUCAACAAAAGUUAUGUUCUAUGAUUGAUGCAUCUUUAGUAUGCUCCAUUAUAUUAGUCCACAGUUCGUCAUCAUAAAUAAAAUUCAACACCUUUCAAUACAUUCAGUAUGAAUUUAUUCAUUACAAUAGUAAGUUGUCGAUCAUUUUUUGUUUGAUGAGUAUUAUACAUAAUUUUUUGUUAAAGAUGAUAAGUCCAGGGUUUGAGAUUAACAACUAACACAUCCCCUGUGAGAGAAAACGUUUUUGUCUCAUUAUGACACUAACCCGCUCCGACGAAAUGAUUUUAUCCACCAAUUCCUGAUAUCGAAAUAUCCUCGACUUAUUGUUAGAUUAUUUAUCUAAAAUCGGUGAUGAUUAGGAUUUGGUGAAUGGGAAAUUUCAUAGUGAAAACACUAAUCACCAUAAUAUAUUUCUUAGGAAAAGGUAAUUGUUAUAUAUUAAACUCUUGUUAUAUUAAUGUUUCAUCAUCCGUAUCUUGAUAAGUGGUAUUUCCUAGCUUUCUCACCUAUUCUGCAUAACAAAACGUUAUCAUCAUAUUUUGUUUGCUGAGGCCGUUGUUUUUUCAUGCAUUUAUUAAGUAGUCUAAUUCUCAUUAUAACUUCAACUAUAUGCUGAACUGUGUAUACCCUAGUUUGUAAAAAAUGAAGUUUGUUUCUUGUAUAGUUUCACUUUGUUUUAGAAGUUAUGCAUUUGUUAUUGCUUACCAUAUUAAACAAAUAAAUAUUGUAUAUCACAGUCAGUUUUUAUUGUCUCAUAAAACUAUCCCCAUUUUUUCAUCUCAUCCUGAUUUUAUUUCCUUCCUCAUCACUAUCAUAUGGACACUGACGGGUUUUACGUACGUUCAUAAAUUUACAACCUAAAAAUGGGUAAUUUUUGCUCAAAAAUGUUUUAAUAUGAAAUUCGGCAUUGUGUUUUGCUUCCUUUAUUUCUCUGAUUCAUAUCAUAUAUAUGUCUGCGUAAACAUUUUGUAUAAUUGUUUAAUUUUUGACUUUUGUUUGUGUGCACGGGUUUAUGCAUGUGUACUCAUCUGUGUUGCUCUUCACGCUUACUUUGUGUAUCACUGUUUUAUUAUUUCGCUUUACUGCUUGCUAUGUUUCAUUCUUGCAUCUUUGUAUGUAUGUAUUCGUAUGAUGAACAUCUUUCAUGUACUACAUACUAAUAAAUGAAUAGCGUCUGAAUUCUCAAAUGAGUGUAAUGAGUAGCGGUACAUCUGUGGAUAAAGGAAGUUCUGACUCAAUGCCACAAUCAGCAAUCCCUUCUGUUACACCUAUUGUUCCUGCUAGUGAACAAGACAGGAAAGAUCUGUUUGAUAAAUGUAGUGGUAGACAAACAGAUCGAAGUAGUGAAUAUCACCAGAAUCUUGGGUCGUUUGACUCAAGUGAAUGUUCAUUCUCAGGAUCUUCCGUUAACGACAAAGCUUCAGGUAAAUCUACAGCAAUGGUAUCAAAAAAACUUGAUUCUUUAGAUUUGUUUCGUUGGAGUUUUGAUAGUGAUAGGAAUACGUAUGAAAUAUGUAAGAAUCAAACAGAGACUUUUAAUGAUUCAUCUCUUACCGAGCAAUGUCCGGUUCGCAGGUCACAUAGUGUUCGUUGUAACCUCGCUUCAAAUGUUUCUCGAGAAAACACUGUUAAUCACGAAGAAACUUUGAUUGUCAACCACAGAUCGCAAUCUCAAGGUCGUCCUUCUGUUUUGCCAUUAUCACCUGUACCAUCAACCUCUACGCUAGAAUUAAUUGGGACUCCUACAGCGUCAAAUACAGAAGUUGGUAUUGGACGAUUUACUGUCACGCGGUUCACUGAUAAUAAAAGUGGUUUAAAUUCAACUUUUCCAAAUGAAUCGAAAACUGAUAAUUUAUUGUCGACAUUACCGUAUACAAAUAAACUAAAAACAUAUCGCCUCAAACACUUUUCACGUUCGAGUUUCUACCAAAAUUCUGCCCGUAAUAGGUCUAGUUCAUGUCAUCCUGAUGUUUACAGAAGGACAAAUUUAGCUACAACCCUAUCAUCAAAACCUAGAUAUUCAUGUAUUUCAAAACUACUUCAAACGACAGGUAAGCUUACUGAUUUUGGCGAGUUUAAGAAAUAUGAUUAUAAUGAACAACUGUCUUUUGAAUGUUCCUGUUCAAAUACUAAUUCGUCACGUUUCGCUCCUGUAAUUCAAUGGCUUUCAAAGCAGUCAGAACACUUAGUGAAAUCAGAUGAAAAAUGUGACAAUGGGGAUCACAAAUCAAGUCCAAUCAACAUCGAAGACAAGGUAAGAAAUAAAUGAUAUUUACUGGUUUAUAUCUGGAGAUAAGUUAUUAGUUCGUUUUAUAUGAAAUUAUUUUAAUAUGAUAUUUUUUGAACAGUUUAAACAUCCUGAAAAUCUUGACUUACAUACGUAGUUUAAAUCGUACUAUUCAAAGCUGGAUAUAGUAUGAUUGAAAUUAUUUGUAAAAGUUUAUUCUCAGUGUCAUAGUGAGCUACUUAUUUUCAAACAUGAUUAUUACAAGAUUAUCAUCAAUGAAAAAGUUUUAUCCUAAUAAACUUAAAUGUCAAAUGAUUAGAAAUAUUGUCGCGUCAACAAAAGUGUCAUGAAUAAUUUAUGACGACUAACUUUUUGAUGCAAAUAUUUUACAAGCAGAUAUUUCACUUAAUUGUAAAUUUUCUGAUAUAAUGAUAAAUAGUUUUUUUCUGGGAAUAAAAUUUAUCGUCCUAUUGUGAACUCCUCAGCAUUUCGUAUCCACGACUGCUGAGGAGUCCCACUGUAGGACGAAACGGCCAUCCAGUGCUUCCAGGUUUUCCAUGGUGAUCUAGCUUCAACUAACUCAUGAUCUUAACCAUUGAAAUUACUACAAUCUCCACAAAACCCAUCUGAUAUUUAAUAAAAUUUAUAUCAAUAUUCGUUUGAUAUGUGAUUCAUACAUUAUAAUAUACUUGUCUUAUUAAAAUUCCACUAAUGAUUCCACUUUUCAUUCUCUCACUUUCAGUUUAUAUCUACUUAUAUUUUAAUAUUGAAACCUUGAAUUUAUAUAUCGGACUAUUUUAUACUUUUGUCUCCUCGUCCGUCGUAAUCAAAAGAGUUCGAGAAACACCGAAAUGG